AUGGCACUGAUAUUUAAGAACAUUCCAAACUUCAGCUUGCGGUUUUUAUCGAUGGUUGCAGGCGCGCUCAUGAUUACCGGCGGCAUACUGAACGUUUUCAACCUGUUCCAAACUGUGAUCAACGUGUACAUCAUAUGCUCAGGUGUCCUCUUAAUCCUAUGCGACGUGAAGACAUUCAAUUUUUAUCGACACAUCGAAUUCUUAUUCACAGUAGUUGGCAGAAGCCUGUACAUGCUCAUAAUAGCCUCCAUUCUGAUCAACAAGGGUUUAUUCAGCUUACUGAUAGGCAUUGCUAUCAUUAUUAUUUCCUUUUUGUAUGUAACCCUGGGUUACUUUAACGGAAUCCCUAUACCCCUUUUGGACAAGAAUAGCCACCUGGGGAGUUUCCCGGAUCAGAAGAACAACGUCCGAAGUACUUGCUCUAUGGAGACAAGGGAUGGCUUCAAUUAA